CCAGGACUCGGCGCGGGCGCCGGCCCAUGAGUUAGUUGGCGGAGGCCGCGGGCGGGAGCUUCUCGGCUCAGUCCAAGUAGGGCGGGCGCGGCCGGGCGGGGCGGGACGGGGCCACUGCGAGCCGGCGGAGGCUCGGCGAGGGUGGGUUCCCGGCGGUAGUGCCGCUUCUCGGGAGCAGAGAGGAACCCCGGAGGUCUGAGGGUCCCGGGUUCCGAGAGAAGUGCCUCUGAAGUGGAAAAGCUCAGAUCUGGGAGAUGGAACUCAGGUCACUGCAGCCAGAGGGGUCCAGAAGAGAGAGGAGGCACUGCCUCCGCUACAGCAACUGCACCCACGAUGCAGAGUAUCAAGUGUGUGGUGGUGGGUGAUGGGGCUGUGGGCAAGACAUGCCUGCUCAUCUGCUACACAACUAAUGCUUUCCCCAAAGAGUACAUCCCCACCGUGUUCGACAAUUAUAGUGCUCAGAGCGCAGUUGACGGGCGCACAGUGAACCUGAACCUGUGGGACACUGCGGGCCAGGAGGAGUAUGACCGCCUCCGUACACUCUCCUACCCUCAGACCAAUGUCUUCGUCAUCUGUUUCUCCAUUGCCAGUCCGCCCUCCUAUGAGAACGUGCGGCACAAGUGGCAUCCAGAGGUCUGCCACCACUGCCCUGAUGUGCCCAUCCUGCUGGUGGGCACCAAGAAGGACCUGAGAGCCCAGCCUGACACCCUACGGCGCCUCAAGGAGCAGGGCCAGGCGCCCAUCACACCGCAGCAGGGCCAGGCACUGGCCAAGCAGAUCCACGCCGUGCGCUACCUCGAAUGCUCGGCCCUGCAGCAGGAUGGUGUCAAGGAAGUGUUUGCUGAGGCUGUCCGAGCUGUGCUCAACCCCACACCGAUCAAGCGUGGGCGGUCCUGCGUCCUCUUGUGACCCUGGCACUUGGCUUGGAGGCUGCCCCUGCCCUCCCCCCACCAGUUGUGCCUUGGCGCCUUGUCUGCCCCAGCUGUGCCUUAAGGACUAAUUCUGGCACCCCUUUCCAGGGGGCUCACUGAAUGCCUUUUUCUCUGAGUGCCUUUCUCUCCUUAAAGAGGCCUGCAGAGAAGGGGCUUUGGGUUCUGCCCCCCUCUGCUUAAGAACACCGGGUAUUCUCACGAGCUCACCCAAGCCAGGGUUGGAGCCCUCCCCAAGAGGCCAACCCAGUGCCCCCUCUCCCGUUUUCCGCUACUGACCAGUUCAUCCAGCUUUCCACACAGUUGUUACUGCCUAUUGUGGUGCCUCCUCAGGUUAGGGGCUCUCAGCCAUCUCUAACCUCUGCCCUCGCUGCUCUUGGAAUUGUACCCCCAAGAUGCUCUCUGCCUUCUCCAAGGAGGGAGCCACAGAAUCCUGAGGUGAAUGUGCCCUAACCUGUUCCUCUGUGCCCAGGCCUUAUGCAUUCGCUGACUGACUCAGCCCCCGUGCUUCUGGGGGCCUUUCCUACCCCCAUCAGCAUCAAUAAAACCUCCUGUCUCCAGUG